CCACCUCACCGCGCCUCUCCUCCACCCCCACCCAAGGUGACUUCACCACCACCACCCCGCAAAAUGGCCCCACCGCCACCUGCCUUGAUCCCACCACCGCCCCACAUCGCUCCUCCUCCGCCCACCCCCAACCAUACCAUCGUAAUCAUCGUGUUUGUUUCACUUGGUGGGGUAUUCUUCCUCGCAUUCCUUGCUGCCUUUCUGUUUUGUUUCCUCAAGAAGAAGAAGAAGAAGAUGGUGCAAGAGAAUGAUGCUGUGAACGUUACGGACCAUGUUCAUGUUCAUGAAACAGUGCUCCCGGGGCCACGCGGAGAGCAAGUUGUGGCGAUGACGGUGGACGAGGAUAUCAAUAUGCAAGGGACGAUGAGCAAUAAUGAGGUCGAGAUGUUAGGCAUUAAAGGUUCAGGUGUUGGAGCAGCAAAAAGAUUGAAAUAGCAACAGUCGGUCAUUAGUGAUCGCAUGCAUACGAGAAGCUUUGAUGUUUGGUAACGUGAAAUAAUUAAUUAAAAUGAGUGUACUGGAUUCGGUGGAGUGUGAUUGAUAACAAAUUUGUUUUACUUGUUGGAGUUGUGGUCUUUAUCAA